AUGGCGGCAGCUGUUCCCUGGGCAGCGCCCGCGGAUGCUAUGCAGCAACUACAGUCUUCAGCACAGAUUCAAGUCCGCUUCGAGAAAGUCAAGUCAAACAAGAUUCUUGAUAAGGUGGUUCCAGCCACAUUUAUGAUGGAUGUUCCCUUGCAUGCGAAGGUAGACUCGCUGCCGUCGAUGAUCAAGGAUGUCAUGCUGGCCAGAAUCAUGCCAGGUGAGACCAUACUGAAGGAGCUACAGAAGACCGAGCGCAUCAUCAAAUUCUCAUGUCGACUUGAAGUUCCUGGCUGGGGUGCUGUCCUACUGGAUGGCAAAUCACGCUUCGACGAAGUCCAAGACCUGUAUCAGGGCACUCAGCACAACGACGUGGAGAUACUGGCAGAAGUGAGCCUGCAGCGAUUACCAGAAGGCCCAGACAGCGUAGAGGACUGUGUCCAAAUACCUGUCAAAGAGGAACGGCGUCAGUAUCUGCGAAUUGGCAACCUUCCCGUAUGGAUCCGGAGUUUAAAUAAGUAUCAAGACCAGCGGACUGCUGGACCCGGGGGCCCUGGCUACUGCUGGCCAAUAUUAGUGACCUACAACGAGGAUUUGACCGCUUUCACGUGUAGCUGGAUCCACGCGUACGACUUCGACGACUUCUGCAUCGGCGACGUUAACGAACGUGGCCUUCGCGUACUAUCUGAAUACGACGCGAAUUGGAGGUGUGGAAUCUUCAGCUUGAUGGGUACUUACGUCGAGACCGAAGAGGAAUUCCUGGCUAGACUCCGGAAGCAUAUUGAGGCUGGUGCGUCGUCUCAGUUAACGGGUAUGCCGUUCCUCCCAACGUAUUGCUUGGCUCCUUGGGAUCCGAGAAAACAUGAUCACCUGGUUCUGAAGAAGUGGCCGAAGAGAAAUGUCGAAAUCGCCGUCACUAUAGUGAAUCGUCACACCGACUUUGAUGGUGUGACCUUUCCAAGAGAUAUACGGUGGGCAAUCGAUGAACCCGAAGAGGUGAGCCAGAUAUGUCAUGCCAUCAUGAAGGACAUGAACACCCAAGGAGUGCGGGAUGGGAUACCGGUCGACUCCACACGGCUGUUCAACAAGCAAGACAGGAAGAAAUGGUGUCUUGCGCUUUGGGUCAUGCCUCAAUUUGGACCGAGGAAGCUUUUUCGAUAUGUGGAGGGCAAUGUACUCCAGUUCCUGGAUGGCACGAAUAAGGUAAGGCCGACAGACAAGAAGCUGUAUGUAGAGGCACAUGUGGUGCCAAGGGUCGAUAGCUGA